GCCACCGGUGGGGGGAUGAGUUCUGCCAGCUUCGCUCUUCGGGAUUCUCUUGCCUAUGCAAACAUGCAAGUUUGCUGCAGAGAGAGAGAGAGAGAGAGAGAGAGAAUGGGAAGAGCGGUAAAAGCGGAUCAGAAGUGAAUCGAAUGAUGGGAAAAAUCAUUUAGCCAUAUAUAUUACAGAUUGGAAGAUGAAUUCAAGUUAGAUUUAAUAUGGAGAGAUGACAAGUCCACUUAUUUCGGAUCACACUGAACCAUCCUGAUUCCACCUCCCCGGUUUGAUUUCAUAAGAAUAUAAAAGAUUGUGUCAGAAACCAUUACUUUAUCUCGAGGCCCGUUCAUCCAUCAGACAGACACGAGAGCGGAGAAGCAGAAGAGGGGGAGAAUAGACAGAGCAAUGACCGACAGAGCAUCUAUAGCGGCGAUGGGCAUUACUGUCCUGUUCAUGGUGGUCAGCUUCACCACCUCGGCCGGCGAUUCCCCUCCUGCGCCGCCUUACACCAACCACACAGUCGGCGGCGCAGCUGGGUGGUUCUUCAACUCCACCUCCAACUCCUCCGUCACCAACUACUCCGACUGGGCCUCCACCCAGAACUUCUUCCUGGGCGACUACCUCAUUUUCAACACGGACUCGAGCAACACGGUGAUCCAGACGCUGAACGCGACCACCUACGCCCUCUGCAACUUCACCGACGACAACGGCAACGACACGACCUUCUACUACGACGGCGGAGCGGUCCCGGAGGCGGGCGUGACGGUGCCGGUGGCGCUGACGGAGGAAGGCGUCACCUACUUCUUCUCCGCCGCCGACGGGGGAGCGCAGUGCCUACAGGGCAUGCGGUUCCGGAUCACGGUGGCGCACGGCCGGGGACUUCCGCCAUCGCUCAACCAGCCGCCGCCGCCGCCGUUCGUCGAGGUCGCCCCUCCACCGCCGGAGAUAAUGGUGAGCCCCAGCAUCAGCCGCGGGCACGCGUUCCACGCCCGGGCCCCACUCGUGCUGGGCAUUUUUGUGGGCAUUCUCUGUUUUCUUAGGAGCGCGUAAACCGCCCGGUCGUAUGGUUUCCGCGUGCAGACUUGUUAGCUGGAUUCAUGAAAGAGAUCGAUGAGGUGGAACUUACAAUUAUUGUGUUUGGGCUUUUAUGUUGUAUGUGAUGUCCUGAUAUCGGGAAACUUGAGAACACGAAGUAGUAAGACAUUUUUGGUUUCA